AGUUAGCAUUUGACCGUCCAGCUUAUUUAAAUAAAAAAGUUAACAUUAUCUUUGCUGUAUUCAACAAUGAACGUUACAAGACACGGUUAUUAUGAGAAGAGCAACUUUAAACGUUGCUAACCGUUAUUAGCUUACGUUACGUUUAGAACGUCCUGGAGCCAACCGUCAGAUUCAAACCGUGGUGACGCAACCUCAACGGUUCGUUUGAGAAAUAUUGUCAAUACAAAAUAAAACAAUAUAUGUAUUAAUCUUCAUCAUUUAUCGAAAUAAAUGGGCGAGUUUUAACCUCACCUAACCAAAAUAUGAAUAAUACAAAUACAUAUAAAUCUCUUUCGUUGGCUUUUUUGUUUGUUUGACCGGAAGUCGCUGCUUGGUUAUGUGACAGAUUCUAAACUUGUUUACGUGACCUCCUCGCGGUAAUGUGCACGUUCCAGAUGUCAGAUGUCAAAACGCGGCAGUUUCAAAGUUAAGGUGACAGCUGACUUCGCUUCCCCAACAUGAUGUUCUACACUCAACUCUUCACCUCCAAGCGAGGACCCCUUGCCAAAAUCUGGCUUGCAGCACACUGGGAAAGGAAACUCACAAAGGCCCAAGUAUUUGAGUGUAAUUUAGAAACAACUAUCAAAGACAUCAUCUCCCCACAGAUGAAGAUCGGUCUGCGGACCUCUGGUCACCUGCUCCUUGGCGUGGUCAGGAUCUACUCCAAGAAAGCUAAAUAUCUCCUCGCAGACUCCACUGAUGCCCUGGUUAAAAUAAAAUUUGCAUUCAGGCCAGGUCAAACAGAUUUGCCUGACGAGGGUCUCGAGGCAACGCUGAAGGCAAUCACCUUGAAUGAAGAUUUCCCCGACUUUGAUACCCAGCUGCCACAUCCAAGUGACAUCGAUGAUGUGAACCACUUCUCACUGAACCAGUGUCGCUCAGAGGACAUCACGUUGAAAGAGGAUAUUGGAAGUGGCUUUCUGAAUUUGAUAGAUUUCGGGAACGAGUCCCAGGGCAUCAGCGCUGGGCUGCUGGACUUCCAGGGCUUCUCUCAACAGGGAGACGCUUUUGGGGACGAGGACAGAGGAGGAGACUUCCUGGACUUCCUGACAAACUGUGAAAACCCCGAGUCUCCUAACCUCAUCCCAGAAGAUCCUCAGAAUGAGAAUACACACAUCUCAACACUCGAGGAUCAACGAGACGCUGAUUGGACAGAGGUGGUGACCCCGACUCAAGACGAGACCAAGCUGCUGGCCAACGAGGAGGAGGGCUUCGCACUGGACCCUGUGGCAGUCACUCCUAACUCUGAGAAGAGGAGGGGGAAGAGGAAACGCAGGCUGGUGGUGGAUCAGAGCAAAGAGCUGAGCAACGAGACGAUCAGAGAGCAGAUCUCAAACUGCUCAGAUCUGAUCGCUUCUCUGGACAUGGCCCCCCCGACCGUGCAGCUCAUGGAGUGGAAGGAGAACGGCAGGGCGGACAAACUGUUUGCUCAGCUGUGUUCAACUGUAGCAGCGCCACAGAUAAAGAAGUUCUUUGCCAAGACUAUUUUCCAGAUGAAACCCUCGGGUGUGCAUCAGGAGGACGAGGUGAUGCGCGAGGAUGGAGGAGAUGCUCAGAGGGACAUCAACACGGACGUCACCGUCGUAGAUUCAUCGAUAGAUCAGGAAACAACGCACAACACGGAUGUGAGCGACCUCGGUCACAUGACUGAUAAUCAAGGGGAGAAUAACUUUGAGCUCCGAGAAGAUGGGAACAUGUCUGAGUUCACUCAUUGUGAACUUCCCUCAGAAGACUCCAUGUUUGUCCAUCCGUCCUGCCUGCAGACUCAGUCCUCCUCCCUCAACACUCAGUCUCUGCUGGAGAGCCAGGACCUCGAGGAGAGGAAGCUGACCAAACGCACUCAGAACCUCCACCACGCACUAAAGAUCCAGAGCAGCACGUCCCCCCUCUUCAGUCUCCAGGAGUUGUGUGAAGGACGCUCUCGUUUCCAGGUGGCCACGACCUUCUUCUGCUUCCUGGCUCUGAAGAAACAGAACUCGAUCCAGCUGCAGCAGAGCGCGCCGUAUGAUGACAUCAUCGCCUCGCCCGGACCCACGUUCUGGGAGCAGUAACGCACACACACACACACACACAAGGUUCACCAACGACACUGCGUUCACUCCAUCGGCCGUGUGUUACUAUGUCAGUUUCAAGAUGAUCCCAGGUGAUCUUCUGAGUAACAAAAUGUCAAAUCUCACUGUUUUUUAUCCGUCAGACGCAUCGUUUGACUCUGGUGUUACAGUUUGUCGCUGCGUAUUUAUAACAGAAAUAUAUAACUUAUUUGUAUUUAUUCUCACAGUUUAAGCAGCAUUGUUUGUAUGUGACUGAAGUUUGGAAUGUGAAACGUAGUUCUUAUCUGUUGGUUUCAUAUUCUUGUUAUUUGUUUCCCGCAUCUCAAAUCCAGAGAGUUCUCACUCCUGUUCUGUGUCUGAGCGUUCAGUAACACCCGUGGAGAUUUAGGACCCAUUCUAAAUAUUUUAAUAGACCUAAUUGACUACUUCCAACUUCUGUAUUUUAUAAAUGUUGUCCUGUGCUUUCUGCUGACAUCUUCCCCUUCUCUCUCUUCGCCUUCUUGGAGUUCAUUUUGUAAAAAGUCUUCAGUUUUCAGUUGAAUGUUUUUCUGAAAUUGUAAAUAACUUUCUGUGUCGUUGUUGGAUUGAAUUAAAAUAGAUGCAAGAGUGGGUGUGGGUUUAUUGUGUA